UGUCCUGGGGACAGGUUGUGCGCCGGGACGGAGCAGCUCGGCACCCCACGAGGGACGCGGAAGGCUUUCCGGCCGGGUGGAGGCAUGGGGAGGCCCGGCCCGGUGCAGGGCGGGGCCGGCCCGGAGGUGUGCCGGGGGCGGAGCGGUCGAGCCGUGCCGGGGCCGCGCCAGGCGCAGCCCGGAGCGGUACGGUGCGGUGCGGGAGGUGGCGGGGCACGCCGGGCGGCCAUGCCGCGCCGGGUGGAGCGGUGCCUGCAGAUCGCUCCGCACUCCCUCGCCAUCGUCCUGAGCCCCGAAGCCGGGGGGCGGCCGGCGGGCCCGGGGGCUGCGGCGGAGCUGGGCCGGCACCGCAUCGGCUACGAGAUCUUCGCGGACUUCAAGCGGGAGAACAUGCAGCACUUCUGGGACCAGCGGGCCACGGCGGCGGUGGCCGAGACCUUCUUCCUGGGCUGGAUCGACGAGCAGGUGCUGCUGGUGCAGGGCAAGGAGGAGCACCUGGAGGUGCUGCGGCAGGGCUGGGCUCGCCGCUCCCUCAAACCCCCCAGCGGCUUCCACAUCAAGUGCCUGGACCCUCUGACAGAAGAGAGUGUGCAUUCCAGAAUGAGCUGAUCCUACAUCUGAGAGCAGAAACCCAAGAAAGCAUCAUUUUAAAUGUGCAAAAAUCUACACACACCCAGGUG